AUGGAAAGUAAAGUGAAAAGCUCAGUUUUCGCCCUUCAAGAUGUUCCCGGUAAGGGUAAGGGCCUUGUUGCGACUGAAACUAUUCCUAAAGGUACACGGAUCUUAUCUGAGAGACCAUUAAUCCGAGUGCCUCGUGACCAGCCAGAAAGCAAAAAACUGUUUGAGUCAGUUCUCCAGCAAGUCCAUGCUCUCGAUGACGUCCAGCUGCAAGCGUUCCUAUCGCUUCGAAACAUUCACAAAGGCAAAACUACUUCCGAGCAGUACAUGGGAAUAAUUCGAACCAAUGGCCUCCCAAUCGGACUUGAUGGGCUCGAAGCAGGAAUCUUUGUCAAUGCAUGUCGUAUAAACCAUGCCUGCGAUAAUAACGCGCAGAAGAAUUGGAACGAGAACAUUAAGUGCCAUACGGUACAUGCGCUGAGAGAUAUCCCGGAGGGGGAAGAGAUCACCGUUUUCUAUCUUCGUGUCGUUGAGAGCCGCGAGCAGCGUCAAGCAGCUCUACAGGAGAAAUUUCACUUUACAUGUUGCUGCCGCCUGUGCUCUUUAGAUCCAGCACUAAGCCGUAAAAGUGAUCAAAGACUGGAAGAGAUUCUGAAGCUGGACCAGCUCAUCAGCCGAGGUGGACUGGAGGCGAUCAUAAAGUCGCCCUUACAGGUCCUUCGGUAUGUUGAUCAGCAGAUUGUCAUUGCUCACGGGGACCUGGCAAGAGGAAAGAUCUUCGCGGAGAGGGCGGUUUCAUCAUGGCUGGUGAUGGCUGGUGAUGAUAGCACCGAGGUGGUUCAGUAUGGACAGUGGUCUAGGGAUCCGUCGUACCUUGAGCUGUAUGGAAUGUCGAUGAAGUGGAAAACCGCAGUGGGCGAAAAACCGGCUGGGCUUGAUCUGAAUGCAUUUGAAGACUGGCUCUGGCGGAGGAAGACGACGAAGAAGAAGUCGAAAAAGACGAAAAAGAAGCCUUCAAACCAGCCAAAGGCAUUUACGGACCGUGAGACCUUUCCCAGCUUCAAAGAUCUCCCGAACGACAAGCAAAAUGGUACAGCCUCCCACAAAGCCGGCGACAAGCUGAACCCGUCAUCGCUAGACGCUUGGUGCAUCUUAGGGGAGAUUAUGGAAGUCAAAGGCCUCCCUCAUUCAUGGAUGGAAGUAAAAGAUAUUGAUGGGACGAAAUUCCCUGUGUACUUCCAUACAGAGCGUGGGAGCGAAGAAUUGGUGUUUGGGUUGGCGCAGAAGGGUCACACAGUGGCCAUUCUUUUGGCAUCGCGCCAUUUGUUUGUUUCCGGCGAAGUUGGCAUUCGUCAUGAGAACCCCCGGCUUCUUAAGGUAUUUCCAAUGCCACUUGCCCGCCUGCUAGCUCUGAAAGAACAUGUUCGUCAGUCCAUACCAGAUGCCAACGGCUCCAGGACUUGCCACGGGUGCGGUACAAGGUCAGUGUCUCUGAAACGAUGUAGCAAAUGCCUCGCUGCCUGGUAUUGCAACGCAUCUUGUCAGAGUGUUGGCUGGAGCAAGAGCGGCCACAAGGCUGACUGCAAAUGUCUCCAAGAUCCUGAUUUGCGAGGGCUGGCUGUUCUGGGUUUGAGCAAUUUUGAUGGCAAUAUCCAAUUCCCAUUGCCGUCCGCCGAGAGCUUUGAGAUAUGCUCACCGGAAGCCGACUUGCAGUCUAAACAGGUUGCUCUACAGACUGGCACUCUAGAUGUGGCAAAACGGGCCUCCGAACUGGCCCUCUCGAGCGACAAAAAGGUAGCAGAAGCGGUUGAAAAACAAUAUGCAGUCCGGGCCAUCUCCGGAAAAGGAUUGGGUCUUGUUGCUACAACGAAGAUUGCCAAGGGUAGCCGUAUCUUGGCGGAGAGCCCGAUUUUCAGGGUUCCGAGAGAUGAGUACAGCUUUCAAGCUGUCGAGCUUGUCGUUUCUCAGAAUGUCCGAGGGCUUAAUGCGAAAGAAAGAGAGCAAUCCUUUGCUUUACAUAAUAUUUACGGCAGCGAACAUAGCAUUGCAAUGGGCAUUUCCAGGACGAAUGCGCUUCCACUGGGGUCUGACGCAAGUGAAGGAGGCUUGUUCCUGGAAGCAUCCCGAAUCAAUCAUUCCUGCAAGCACAACGCUCAGAACACAUGGAACAGCAACCUCGGUAAGAUCACCAUUCAUGCUAUUAGAAAUAUAGAGGAAGGGGAGGAAAUCACGAUAUCUUACCUUGCUGGAUCAGAGAACUACGCCGCCAGACAGUCACGACUAAAGGCUGCCUUCGAGUUUGUUUGUACCUGCGAACUUUGUUUGCAGCCUGGGCCUUGUCGUCAACAGAGCGACAACCGGCUUGGAAGAAUAACGAAACUUGACCAGCAGAUCGGGGAUGGCAUACGGAUUGUUUCCACGCCACUAGCAUGUCUCAGUGACGCGCAUACUCUGUUGGGCCUGUUAGGAGAAGAAGACAUAGUUGACGCGAGAGUGCCAAGGGUCUACUAUGAUGCGCUUCAAAUUGCGAUUGCUAAUGGAGAUGAGGCUAGAGCCAAAGUAUUCGCGGAGAGAGCGAAGGCCGCGUGGCUGGUUCUUCAGGGAGAAGACGGUCCCGACACGCUCCGAUUAAAGGGGUAUGCGGAAGACCCUACGACUCACAUGCUGUACAGGACCACGAUGAAGUGGAAGCAAGUAGCGGCGAAGAUACCACGGAAUCUUGACCCGAAAGAAUUUGAAGACUGGCUGUGGAAAAGGAAACAAUCCAGAUAG